UAAUAAUAAACCUCCUGAGUAAUGAGCGACUUGGGCCGGAGCAGGCGAGGUGGCUGGAGCCCGGCGGCCCAGGGAGAGUGGCGUGAGUAGCCAGCUCCACAGGGCCUGUGAAGGGGAUGGCCAUGGAGCCCUGCCCUGAAGAACAGUACUGGGAUCCCCUGCUGAACGUCUGCCUCUCCUGCAAACCCAUCUGCAGCCAUCAGAUUCCACGCACCUGCGCAGCAUUCUGCAAGGCACUCAGUUGCCGCAAAGAGCAAGGCAGGUACUAUGAUCAGCUCCUGAGGGAUUGCAUCAGCUGUGCCUCCAUCUGUGGACGUCACCCCAAGCAAUGCACAUACUUCUGUGAGAACAAGUUCAGGAGCCAUGUGAACCUCCCACCAGAGCUCAAGAGACAGCGGGCUGGGGACGCUGAAACCAGGUCAGACGACUUGGGAAGGUACCAGGGAACAGAGCACAGAGGCUCGGAGACAGGUCCAGGGCUGAAGCUGAGCGCGGACCAGUUGGCCCUGGUCUACAGCACGCUGGGGCUGUGCCUCUGCGCAAUAAUCUGCUGCUUCCUCCUGGCCGUCGCCUGCUUCCUCAAGAGGAGAGGGGACCCAUUCUCCUGCCAGCCCUCCGCAGCACCAUGUCGGACCCAGGCCAAGUCUUCCAAGGAUCACUGGAUGGAAGCUGGAAGCGCCGCGGGCACGCCACCAGAGCCGGUGGAGACGUGCAGCUUCUGCUUCCCAGAGCGCAGGCAGCCCACCCAGGAGAGCGCGGGCGCGCCCGGGACCCCCGACGCCGCGCCUUCGGGGAGGUGGGGACGCCUGGGCCGGACGGCGACCGCACAGGCCUGCGCCCGCGCCCCCGACGGCGGCCUUGAGGUCCUGUGCGCGCCCGCCGAGGAGGGAGGCCCCGCCGCGUGACCUGGGGGAAGGGUCACCAUCACCUACACACCUGCAGUGACGUCAUCACGCCUGCUGGACACAGCCCCCAAGAGCCCUUCUUUAGAAAUAAAACCUUCCCCGGCUGCCCACUCCUCCCUAUCCCUGGUUUUGGUCGCGUCUCCCCUGUGAUGCCUCUGGACGUCCCACCUCUCCCGCUGCCUCCCUGGGCUCAAGGCUCCACCAGGAGGCAGCUGCCUGGUUUCUGAGGACCUGCAAGUUGACCGCCCCACCAGGCUCUGGACCCACGGAGCUUGUUGACCUGUGCCGGGUGGGAAGCAGCGGUACACAGUGGGGCCCUGCAGCCCGCUUUCAUUUAAGACGGAAAGCCAGAGUUGGGGGACGCCGGUGGGGGUCCUACAGGAGGGCUGGGCUCACCUGCAUUUGUUUUACAAAACAGUUUCUCCACCGAGCCUCCUUAGGCAUGGUGCAGCACGGGGAAGCACAGUGCAACUGCGUGUGUGCAUGUGUGUGCACAUGUGUGUGUGGGGGGGGCAUGGGGUGCACAGGAAGGGGCAGGCUGAGCCCAGGGCACCCAGCCGUUCUGAAAGCCCGAGGCUCUUUGCCUGGCCCCCAGCAGGAGUGGUCUCCUUUGCACACACCUUUGGCCCUGUCUAGCCACCAACCUGCACUGUUAGUGGCUUAAAAUUCUUCUAUUAAGCCCCUUUUUCUUCUAAGCCCUACUCUAACCACAUGCUAAAUUUUAUGAGUGAUAACACUAAGCAGUAAUAUCUGAGCAUCCACACAUUUGAUAUUUCUAUUUUUAGUGGCAUC